CGUAAUUCUUCCACUGACCAUCAUCAUCUCGUUUCUCUUCAGUCAAUCUCACCGCUCUGGUCGGUCAACCUGGGUCAACCCUAGAAUACUUCAUCUUUAAAUCCUCUUUAGACCUUUCUCUAACAUUUGAUCAAAAAUUGGAUGCCACAGAAUAUGUCUGAAGAUGCUCUUGACUCUCUAGUGGAACAGCGUAUAGCUCAGUUGGCAGCAAUUUCAGACAAACGUAACGCGCUUCUUCGCGAAAUGUAUCAGAUGAUGCGGAAGCGGACGAAUGUAGGAGCCACAGUAACUAUAGACGACGAGGAAGAAGACGAUCUGCAUGUUUUCUUGAACAAAUACGAUCUUAGAAACAAUCCGGACAUGGGAUUCAUCAGUCAUUUAUCCGAAAAUGAGCUUUUCGAUCUCGUUCCUCCAGAAGAAUAUACAUCACCCCAGCUUAGCCCUCAAUCAUUACUGCCUACCUCUACAGAGCUUAAAGAUGUAGCUCGACGAAGCAAGUCUCGGUCAUUAGGGAAGGACUCAAUGUCGAGUAUCCGGACUACCCCAGCAGCCCCAGCUCUAGAUACUGUCGAACAUUUAGAUGAUACCAUACGCUUAUCGCCUCCAUCACUGUCCGCGUCUCAGGCCACCACAGUGGGCGCAAUUUCUAUAUUGGGCUCCACAGAGUCCAGUCAAAGCAUUCCCGUUGGCGGUCCGAGAAAUGAGUCUGUUCCAAUUUCUCCUGCAGAUUGCCCAUCUCCUGGCACGACACGUCCACCCUCAUCACUCGCUACUCAGGAACGGGAUGGAGCCCUGACUCUAGAAGCCAAUACAGCAGAAGAGAGCUCAUUACAACCAACAGAAAUGGAUGAUGGAUCGGCAGAUGUUAUGGAAGUUGAUGAGCCGGAAGUUAAGCUUCGGUCAUCUUUCUCGCUUCCACCGGUGUCCGAAGUCUCUCAAUCGUCGCAUGCGCAUAAUCCUAUAUCUUUCGAUCAACCUCAGAGCGUUCACGACGCUUUUGUAUCAGAUUUCAACAUGGAUGUUGACAUUGAAUCGUCUCCGAUGGUGAACCUUCGAGCCAAAGCAGAAAUUUCAACAGUGGCUAGGGCUCCACCAUCUCCAAAAGAAGCUACGACUCCCCAAGGGUCUUCUCUGCCUAAUUCAUUGGUCUCCCCUCGAGUGGCUUCGCCUAGAAAUUUUGGCAGUCCGGCAAAAGUUACAAGCACCGUUUCGCCCUCUUCUCCUGUAUUUAUCCCUGUUCCAUCCUCCUCCUUUCACGGUAUCUUCAAUGAGUUCAAUUUCUCGACCGUGGCCUUGGAACCUCCCUCCGCCCCACCUCUAUCUCCCACCCAACCGCGUCAUCAAUUAGACUUUCGCUACACACUUCCUCCCCUCGAUUCUCUUUCUGCAGAUUUCAAAAUCAAGAACAAAAAGGUUAAGCAGAAGAAGAAGGACAAGGAGAAAGGAAAAACCGAAGGCCAAAAAGAUAAAGAAUGGAAGGAUGAUUGGGUUCCUUGGGGACUGAAUCGAUGGAAUGCCACCAUACGAACCAAUCCGGUGUAUAAAAGAGUCGCGAAAGCCACGAAAUGUUUGAGCACUCGAGAUUGGGCGGUUGCUAUGACUGAAUUGAAGGUGAUACGGGCUGUAGACCGUAUUGAGCUGUUGAAGUCUGGUCGCUGGAGUUUCAGGCAGCCCAAGAAGCAACGUGCAUCUGGAGGCAUAACAAAGACGCACUGGGAUUAUCUUAUGGAUGAAAUGAAAUGGAUGCGCACAGAUUUUAGGGAGGAGCGUAAAUGGAAAAUGGCUCUUGCAUACAAUCUAUCUACGUCUGUUCUGGAAUGGCAUGCCGCAGGAAACCGAGAGAAGAGGUUGAAACGUGGAAUUUGCGUCCAAUGGAAGCCCCCACGACAAGAGAGCCCAAAGGACCAAAUUAUGGAGGACGCCGAUGACGUACCUGCCGACCCCUUAGAGAUCGAAAUUUCAACUCCUUCGGGACCCACUAGACCCUCAUCAGCUUUACUUAAUUUGGAUUACGGCUCCGACGACGAAGAUGACGAAGAACAGGAAAAGGACGUGGAUGAUGCCCUUGGCACGUCUGUUAUGAUUGAAGAGUCCCUUGCGGAUAUGAAACAAAGUUCCUACGGGGAUGGUAUAGGAUUCAAGGAUUUGCAGCCCAAAACUGAAGAGGUUGAGGAUAAUUCUGCUCUUCAGACUGAAAGCAUGGACGUCGACCACCCUGUUCAGUCCGAAAUUGAUAUCACUACACGAACUACUGCACGGACUGAGAAUGAUUCCAGUCCAGAACGAACUCUAGGUGGCUUAAAGUCCACGUCCGAUAAUCCAACGCUCUUGUCCCUAUCCACUUCUACCUCCCUCUCCUCCGAACGCUCUCCAAUCCCUCAUUCAAAGUCAUCCAAAAUCAACCUUUAUACGCCUCUUCGCGAAAACAUUGCGCAUUCAGGAGUGGAGAAAUUAUUCCUCGAUUUCGACGACUUUCGCAUCACAACUACUGAUCCGCUCAGCGAGAACACGAUCGAGACUCUUCUUCCACCAUCAAAUUUGUCUGAUAUAUUUCCAGACUUUCAACCAUACGCCAUGUUCGACCUCGCAAUGCCCAUUCCUCCUGUCGACGGCAAGAAGAAGUCGGAGAAGAAAUCCGAUAGGGAUGAUCCAGUCAAUAAAAGAGUAGAUGAGGUUGCGUAUAGCAAGCUUUAUCCUUCUAGCACGUUCAUGACCUCUAAACCAACGCUGGUCGGGGCUCUACAGCCUUCUAAACACCUCAGAGGUUGUCAAUGGGUCGAUUUAGACGAGACACCGAUCUCCAUCGAAUACGAAGCGCCGCAACCGUUUCGUUUGCCCGAGGAAUUCAAUCAUGGUAUUUUCGAACACAAAAUGGGACCUAUCACAAUUUCAACUCCUGCCGUUCAAUCUGUUCUCUCGACUCCCGCAAUAUCAUCCCCCGCCACGAAAUUCAAGGAGCCUCCGAAACGAGCGAUGGAGCACUUAUGGAGCGCCAGUGACGACCUGCUUUUAAAGUCUUUGGCGGAGAAGUUCCCCAACAAUUGGGCGCUUAUUUCCGAAUGCUAUAACGCCGUCAAGGUUACAAUCAAAUCCGAUUGGCGUACUUCGAAAGAUUGUCAGGAACGCUGGAGAGAACGCUGGAGUCCGGCAGCUACACAACGAUUGAUGGAAACCGAGUCUACUGCUGUGGAAGGAACUCCACCUCCUUCGACACCCAUUCUUAUGAACGUCGGGGGUAGCAGGGGCGUGAAGCGACUUGCUAGUGCAAGCAUAAGUAAUUCUACUGCUCCUACCAUUUCCACUGGCUCUGGGAGCGAGCCUAAAAAGAGAAGACGACAUGCGAUGGUACAAGAUGCUGUUCGUAGAUCUAUCAAGAAAAGGAAUGAAGCUGCUCAGAAGAAUAACGUUCGAAAAUCCGCUACCAUGCACGAAUCGCAUAACGACUUUUCUAAUCUGGCGAAGAUGACCCCUGCGGAAAUUAGUCGUCGAAAGUCAGACCGAGAUCUACAGCAAAGUCAAGAAUUGCAAUUGGCUAGAGCUAGAGCACUUGCUGGGCCCAACGGUGCUGGGACUCGCACUCCUAUCGGGCAACAACCAACGGCAGCAGUCGUCAACGGCACCCAACGACCAUCUCUUUCCGGAGCUUCUGCACCCCCUGUCGCUCAGAUUCGCAAUCAACAAGUCCAAGUUCCGAUAUCCCAACAGCAACGAGCUGCUACGCCUUUGGUUGCAGGGAACUCACGUAUGUCACCACAACAGCAGAUAUUAGCUCAAAAGGUACAACGUGUUCAAGGAGGUUCGGCACAGACAGUGACACAAGCGCAGGCGCAAGCUCAAGUUCAAGCUCAGCUUGCACUCUCGCAUGCUUUGGCUCAAGCUCAAGUUGCACAGGCGGCUCAAGGCCAUUCCACUAUAGAUGCUCAGACUGCUGCUGCUCUACGAGGUAACCUGCAACAAGCGUUGGCGCAGAAUGGUGUUAAUGGGAAUGCGCAACUCUCUCCACCGUAUAUUCCCCGUGACGCUACCUCCUCUCCGGCGCACGCUUCUCCUCCUCGAUCCACUGGUACGCCUUCGAAUGGCGCAGUGAACUCUCCUCGCCCUUCUUCUGCACAGGCUCAGUCGCAUCCUCUGGGCCAAACUCAAUCGCAAAGUUCGACUCCACAGCUCGGGAUGAUGCAGAAUGGUCAAAUUGGGGCAAUGAAUAUACCUCAAGCACGAAACAUCCAAGGCCACUAUUAUCUGCCGAAUGUCAGCGCUAGCUAUACACCUGAGCAACUGCAGCAGAGUAUGUUGAGGAUGCAAAAUUUACAGCAAGCUCAGCAACUUCAACAGGCGCAACAACAAUCGCAACCCCUGCCUCAACCGCCGCAACCACAACAAUGAAUCGUGCUGGGCAGUUUAGGUGUGGUGUGGUUUGUCAGGUGUCUUCGGGUUCUUCGUUUGUUCCAGGUUUGUUUCGAGCCUCGAGGGAUCUUUCAUGUGAGCAGAGCUAGUUAGUCCGGCUCGUCGGUAUAGCAUCUACUUGAGUCUGGAUUUUUUGCAGGCUGCUGCGGACUAUAAAUAAGGAUUUAUGUAAAGCGUUAUCUGGUGA